ACCCUUUACCUUCUUUUCUCCAGUUCUCUUCUCCUCCUUCUCAUGACUCUCCUCUCUCCCAACAACUCCUCUCCCACUCCUCUCUCCUCAGAAGGGUGGUGAGAGGGAAGAGAAGAGGAAGCCAUGGAUGGCCAAAGGAGCUCAGGGGCCAAUCUAGCUCGGACUCCUUCCUCCCUCCUCCCCUCCCCUAACCUCCGCUCCAGCCCCAAGAGCCUCUCCACCUUGGCUGAAGAGGACCCCGACGAGGAGAAGCCACCCCGGUCCUGCCCCUCCCCUUCCUUCACACCCCUCCUCCUAUCCCUCCCCUUCUUCCUCCUUCUCUUCCUCUACUUCAAAAAUGAGUCUUUUUUCUCCGAGAACCUCCUUGCCUCCGCCACCAUCUCCAUCGCCUCCACGAUCGCCCUCCGAUGGAAAGUUCUCAGCUUUGGCCGCACCGCCCGGCGGAGUGGGUCGGUCCAGUGGUUUAUCAGCGAUGAAGAUAGGAUUUUGAGGAAGGGGAAGGGAAGGAUAGUGAGGGAAGGAGUGGAGUUUUAUAGCAAUGGGGAUGUAUAUGAGGGGGAGUUCCACAGGGGGUGUAAUGGGAGCGGCGUGUAUAGUUUCUGUGUGAAUGGAAGGUAUGAGGGUGAUUGGGUUGAUGGGAAGUAUGAUGGGUAUGGGGUGGAGAGCUGGGCAAGGGGGAGCCGAUACAGGGGACAAUACCGGCUGGGUCUGCGUCAUGGAUUCGGGGUGUAUCAGUUCUAUAAUGGAGAUAGCUAUGCCGGGGAGUGGCUCGGCGGGCAGAGCCAUGGGAGUGGAGUGCAGACUUGCUCUGAUGGGAGCUGCUAUGUAGGGGAAUUCAUGUGUGGAGUUAAGCAUGGGCUCGGCUACUACCAUUUCAGGAAUGGUGAUGAAUACAGUGGUGAGUACUUCGGAGACAAAAUCCAUGGUUUUGGAGUCUAUCACUUUGCUAAUGGCCACUGCUAUGUGGGCUCAUGGCAUGAAGGCCGGAGACAAGGUUUCGGAACAUACACAUUCCGAAAUGGUGAAAUGAGAUCGGGGGAGUGGGAUUGUGGUGUUUUAAAGAUCCCCCUCCUCCCAUCAGAUCCUGCUGCCCAACGAGCUGUUCAGGCUGCAAGAAAGGCUGCAGAGAAUGCUGUUCUCCUUGCCCGGGUAGAUGAGCAGGUAAAUAAGGCUGUCGCUGCUGCAAAUAGAGCUGCCAUUGCUGCUAGAGUUGCUGCAGUCAAAGCCAUCCAGAACCAGAUGGAUGCAAAGUUUUAUUACACAAAUAUGUAAGGUUAUGCCUCAUUUAAUUUGUAAACUUGUGGAGAGCUAGCAAUCAGGCAGGCAGAUUCCUACCUGAUCUGAGUUAAAGAAUGAAGAGUGAGAUAAGAAACUGACAACAGAUGCUUGGGAUCUGGUCUACAGACCCACAAUCCCUCCCAUGUCUGUAAUAUGUACAUAAGCCCACAUAUAUGUGAUCUGAAUUGAGUUUCUCAGA